GGCCGGUCACGUGGGCGGGAAGAUGGCUGCUCUCGUGGCGCAAGGCGAGCGUGUCGGCCUGGGGGGCUGUGGGGCCCGCGGCGAAGGUCCCGAGGCGUCGACUUUGUGAGUUUCAGCGAGCUCUUGGAGAGGCGUCGUCGGGCGGCGCAUCCUGCGAGAAUCCCUGAGAGAUCCCGCGUCGGAGCGACUCCUUCUUUGGAGGAAGUCUAGUUGGCAGACCUUCUUGCAGAUUUCUUUAGGGAGGUCUGUAGUAGGGGGGUCAAAUUUCGAGGAUCCAGGCCACCUCCUCUUCGAUCCCUAACUCAUUUGGGGUCUUGUGCUCUCAAGUCCCAGGUAGCCGGGCGGCCUACCGGCACACCAGCCGUCAGAGGAGGCGGGCACCAUGGUGACAGAGCAGGAGGUGGAGGCGAUCGGGCGGACCCUGGUGGACCCCCAGCAGCCCCUGCAGGCCCGCUUCCGAGCUCUCUUCACCUUGCGAGGGCUGGGUGGCCCGAGCGCCAUCGCUUGGAUCAGCCGGGCCUUCUGUGAUGACUCUGCCCUGCUCAAACACGAGCUGGCCUACUGCCUGGGCCAGAUGCAGGACGUGCAGGCUAUCCCCGUGCUGGUGGAGGUGCUGCGUGACACCCAGCAGGAGCCCAUGGUGCGCCACGAGGCAGGGGAGGCCCUGGGGGCCAUUGGGGACCCGGAAGUCCUGGAGGUCCUGAAGCAGUACUCCACUGACCCUGUCGUCGAGGUGGCCGAGACGUGCCAGCUGGCUGUCCGGCGCCUGGAGUGGCUGCAGCAGCGGGGCGGGAAGCCCGCGCCCGCCGGGCCCUACCUCUCAGUGGACCCCGCCCCGCCGGCGGAGGAGCGAGACGUGCGGCAGCUGCGAGAGGUGCUGCUGGACGAGACCCGGCCGCUCUUCGAGCGGUACCGGGCCAUGUUUGCCCUGCGUGACGCCGGGGGCGAGGAGGCCGCUCUGGCGCUGGCAGAGGGCCUCCGCUGUGGCAGCGCCCUCUUCCGCCACGAGAUCGGCUACGUCCUGGGCCAACUGCAGCACGAAGCGGCCGUGCCCCAGCUGACAGCGGCCCUGGCCCAGCCAGCAGAGAACCCCAUGGUGCGGCACGAGUGCGCGGAGGCCCUGGGAGCCAUCGCCCGGCCGGCCUGCCUGGCCGCGCUGCGGGCCCACGUGGCCGACCCCGAACGCGUGGUGCGAGAGAGCUGCGUGGUGGCCUUGGACAUGUACGAGCACGAAAACGGGCCGGACUUCCAGUACGCCGACGGGCUGGAGCGGGCGCGGCCACCCCCGCCGCCCGGGGCCCUGGCCUCUCGGGGCUCUGGCGCGUAGCCGAGCUCGCCGAACUGAGGUUGCGGGUGUCAGGGCCCAGAGUCCCGGCAGCGCCCGGCCACAGGAAAGGCGCGGUGGGGAUCCCUCAACCCAUCGGGCCUGCGUGGGCUGGCGUGCCAGGGGCGUCGCUGGGGCUGGCGAGGGGCUCGGGGUGUGGCGAGGCCUCCGGGCACUCCCCAAGUAGAAUAUUAAAUUAUUUUUGCCAAG